AUGGAUGAAGUCGGAGAAGAUGGCGCUGCAAGCCUGGAGGAAGAUGUGCUAGGGCUGGUCAACAGAGUGGUAAAUGUGCUCAACGAAGCUGAUGAUGUUGUCGUUGCUGCUAGCGCCUGCGCUGCUGAGCUGGAAGUGGAUGAGCUCGUAACUGAUGGUGAAUCUGAGCUGGAAGCAACCGGUGAGCUUGGAAUCAAUGAAGAGCUGAGCGAGGGACUGAUCGAGCUUGAAGUCACCGAAGCGCUCAUAGAGGGUGAGAUACUAGAGCUAGCCAACGAGCUAGUCGCCUCAUCCGGCGAUGCUAGGCUUGAACUGCUGCUCAAUGUUGCACUGCUGGUCCUUGUGGAGAGAAGCGCUGGGUCUACAGCAAAAGAUGUGGCAGCUGUAGACGAGCUAGAAGAUAUGGAUGUGCUCGUGGGGACAGCCUCUGUGUUGCUUGCACUAGGCGACGGCACUGUGCUUGUUUCCACGGGUGGAGAUGGACUGGAGCUUAUCGAGCCUAGUUGCGGAGUACUUGAAGCAGUCAUGCUGCUAGUAAUGAAUCCUUGCGCGAGCAUAGUGUCAGUACUUGCAGAGCUGGAAGUAGCAACGCCGGAAAAGCUUGAUUCGGAUGACGAUAAAGUCACAGCCGAAGAGCUACUUGAGGCCUCUGCGCUUGAUUCUGACAGACUCGGCGUGCUAGUUGGAUCCGGGGACAACGUUGCGGACGCCGGUGAAACCGAGCUCGAUGAUACGUCUGUUGUCAAAGAGCCAACCUCUGUGGAAACCGUGCUCGAUGUGCCAGCCGUCAACCUCGUGUCGCUCGAAGUGGUCUCCAUAAGGUUGCUAGAGCCAUCAGAAUCUGUUUCGCUCCUUGUGGUUGACAGUAGUGCAGGAUCGACUAUCAUUGAGGCUGUGGUGGUCACGAUCGACGAGCUUGCGCUGGUGUCGAUUAUAGCAGCUGGAUCUGUACCUGAUGGCGACGAAUCAGAGGUCGAUAGUGAACUUGCUGUCAUCGUUGCACUUUGUGAUGGUGAUGGAUCGCCUGCAGUGAUAGUCGAUGAGUCCAACAACGUCGUGGUGCUGCUAAAGCCCAGAUCUAAACUUGUGCUUGUCAACAACAAGCUCUCUGUGGUAGAGCUUUGGCUAGGUCCGUCCUCGGUGGUGCUUGGUGAAGGGAUAGUGCCGAGAGACUCUACAAACGUCGUCACUGUGAUGCUUGAUUCAUCGGUCGUGCUCAACGGUGAUAAGCUAAUCGAGGUGAUCGUCGAAUCGGAUUCGUCUUGGGUAGUGCUGGACAAAGAGCUACUACUUAAAGGCUCUGUGACAGUCGUCUCUAUGAUGCUCGAGCUCUUCUCCCCAUCGAUCGUUUCGGAGGAGAAGUAA